UGUUGCGCUUCUAUGCUCCACAUAAAUAGUUUUCGCUGCCGCAAGCAUUUUUAUGACCAGCACAGGUCCAGUUUUGUGUCGAUUUAAAGUCCUACAACAAAUAAAAGUAACGUUUCUAGGUUGUAUGGCUUGGGUAAAAGGAUAUUAAAGGAUCACAAUAGCUUCCAUUGUAGCGGUUGUCCCAGAGACCUUGAUUUGAUUCGUCAUCAUGUCUUCUAAUUUCUUGGAAAAUGAAGCUGAAGUCUCAGAAGAAGAAGAUGUGAACAACAGCAGCGAUGAAGAAGAAGAGCAAGAGGAUGAUGGGAAUGAAGAUAUUGCUGAUCUUAUUAAUGAUGAUGUUGAAGAGGAAGUGACAUCAGAUUCAGAAGAGGAAAUCGGUCGAAGGAAAAGAGAUCGGAGAGAGCUGGAUGAUCGCUUAGAAGAAGAUGAUUAUGAGUUGAUUGAGGAGAAUUUAGGCGUGAAAGUAGCCAGGAAAAAGUUCCGUCGUUUACGUCAAAUAUCUGAUGAAGAAGAGAGCGAUGAGGAAGGAGCAGGUGGUGCAGAAGACUCUCAUCAGUUUGAUGUGCGCGAUGCAAUUGCACGUGAAAUAUUUCAAAGGGAAGGUGAUGAAGAUGAUGAGGGUGAUGAUACAGGCCGUGAUUCGGAUCAAUUACCAGCCGGUGACACUAUUGCUGAUAUGAUGUCAGAGGAAGAGUCUGAUGUGGAUGACUUUAUUGUUGAUGAUGAAGGACGACCGAUUGCAACAAAGAAAAAGAAAAAGAAAGGACAAAAAACUAUCCAAGAUUCGGCCCUGCAAGAAGCUCAAGAUAUUUUUGGACUAGAAUUUGAUUUAGAUGAAUUUGAAAAUAUAGAUGAUCAAUAUGAGGAAGAAGAAGAAGAGGAUGAGUAUGAAGAAGAGGAUGAGGAUGUUGAUGCAGAAGGACUUGCACGUGCCAAGAGACCGGGAAAGAAACGAGCAACAAAGAAAAGUAUUUAUGAUGUUUUUGAACCUAGUGACCUGGAACGAGGACAUUUCACAGACCUGGAUCAAGAAAUAAGAACAGCGGACGUUCCAGAAAGAUUCAGGCUUCGUGGAGUUCCUGUUACGGAAGCUAAGGACAUGGAACUUGAUCUUGAGGCCGACUGGAUUUAUCGCCAAGCAUUCAACACACCCCCAAUAUCACGACAAGACUUUGGUGAUGGACCCGAGAGCCAUGGACACUUCAAGUCCAAACCACGUAGCACAAUCGGUAAAAUCAAGGAGGCCCUCAAUUUCAUCCGCAAUGAGCAUUUUGAGGUUCCUUUCAUUGCUUUUUAUCGUAAAGAAUAUGUCGAACCAGAGCUGAAUUUCAACGAUCUUUACAAGAUUUUUCAUUGGGAUGAAAAGUGGUGCCAAUUAAGAACACGAAAACAGAAUUUAAGGAAACUAUUUGAGAGAAUGCAGACAUAUCAGUUUGAGCAGAUACAGAAGGCAGGUGAUGAUGUUUUACCUGACAGCUUUAGAGCCUUGAGUGAUCCUGAUUUAGAGAGAUUGGAUACUUUACAAACAAUGGAGGAAUUAAAGGACGUUUACUCACACUUUUUAUUGUACUAUGGACGUGAUCUUACCAAGAUGCAUAAUGCUACUAAAAAAGAAACCCGCACAGUUAUCCGCAAAGUUCUUCGCAAGAAGGUGAAAGUAAAAGACCCCGAUGAUGACGACGAUGACGAUGACGAUGAUGAGGAAAAAAAUGACGAGGAUGAUGAAUGGGAGGAGGUGGAGGAAGAAGUAGAAGAAGAAAUAGAUGAAGGUGGUUCCAGCUACUACCUCAAACAAGCCUCAAGGAAGUCAAUGUAUGGAACAUGUCAGAAUGCAGGCCUAGAUGGUCUUGCAAAAAAAUUCGGUCUGACACCAGAGCAAUUUGGUGAGAACCUUAGAGAUAAUUACCAACGUCACGACACAGAGCAGUACCCAAUGGAACCACUUGAAGCAGCUAAAGAUUAUCUUAGCAGUAAAUUUUCUGAGGAAGAACCUCUGUUAAAAGCAACACGCUAUAUGGUGGCGCUACAGUUAUCACAUGAUCCUCUAGUGAGACAGACUGUAAGGGAAACUUACUAUGAGAGGGCAAAAAUAUCUGUGAAACCAACAAGGAAAGGUCUCAAGGAAAUUGAUGAAUCACAUCCAUGCUUCUCAAUGAAAUACUUAAAAGAUAAACAAGUGAAAGACUGUAAAGGUGAACAAUUCUUGAAGCUGACUUCUGCAGAAAAGGAGAACCUAUUGACCAUUACAAUGGACAUUGAUAUGAAGACCUCGAGUAGCAGACGAGGAGGAUUCCAGACAUACUUUGAUGAGAUCAAGCAACUUUACUAUCGGGAUGAAUACAGUAAUGUGGUCCAGGCGUGGAAUAAGGAACGACUGGCAGCCCUUGAGCUGGCUCUCAAUAUGCUGUAUCCGGUAUUUGAGAAAGAACUUCGCAACAAACUUGUUAACGAAUCCAAAGAGUGUAUCCUACGAAUGUGUUCCCUGAAGAUGUACAACAACCUGAAGGUGGCGCCCUACCAAGCGGACCAGCAACAGGAUGAGGAAGAUGAAUUCUUAGAUAUGCCAGGCAAGGUUGGGCUUCGUGUGUUGGGAAUUAGUUUCUCAAGUGAUAAGGACGUACCAGCAUUUGGCGCACUUCUGGAUGGCGAAGGAGAAGUUUCCGAUUACAUUCGUCUACCAAAUUUCCUAAAAAGCAACAAGAGCUUUUUCAAGCGUGAUAAGGAGUUGAAGGAGGCGGACAUUGAAAAACUCAAAGAUUUCUUGUCUAGUAAGAAGCCACAUGUGGUUGGUGUGAUGGCUGAAUCAAGGUCUUCAUUGAAUGUAAUUCGUGACAUCCAGCAAUGUGUCAAUGAGUUAGAAGCUGAGCAGCAGAUUACACCUAUCAAUGUAGAACUAAUCCAUGAUGGCAUAGCCAUGAUAUUUCAAACCUCAAAUAUAGCAGAGAGUGAAUUCCGAGACUAUCCUUUGCAAUUGCGACAGGCUAUCUCUGUUGCUAGGCGUCUUCAAGACCCUCUGAUAGAAUUUGCUCGUCUUUGCAAUGCAGAUGAGGAAAUCCUUUGUCUGAAAUUGCACCCUAUGCAGGACUUGUUAGCUAAGGAUGAACUUUUGGAGACUCUGUAUCAGGAGUUCAUUUACCGUGUGAACGAGGUCGGUGUGGACGUGAACCGUGCAAUUGAGCAUCAGCACACACAUUCUUUGAUGCAGUUUGUGUGUGGACUCGGACCAAGGAAAGCAGGUGCAAUUAUUAAGUCUUUGAAACAAGCAAACGAACGCUUAGAGAACCGCACACAGCUUGUGACCAUCUGCAAUCUAGGACCGAAAGUAUUUAUUAAUUGUGCAGGCUUCAUUAAGAUUGAUACAGCAAAGAUUGGUGAAAGUACCGAGGCAUACGUGGAGGUAUUAGACAGCACACGUGUACACCCUGAGACGUACGAUUGGGCACGAAAGAUGGCGGUAGACGCUUUGGAGUAUGAUGAGUCAGCUGUUGAUGCAAACCCAGCUGAUGCUUUGAAUGAAAUCCUUGAUAACCCUGAGAAGCUACGUGACUUAGAUUUAGAUGCCUUUGCGGAUGAACUUGAGAGACAGAAUUAUGGUAACAAGCGAAUAACAUUGUACGACAUCCGUGCUGAGUUGAACAACCGGUACAAGGACUUACGGUCCCCAUUCCAGGAAGUGUCACCUGAGGAACGGUUCCAAAUGUUAACUAAGGAAACGCCAGCCACUUUCUAUGUUGGUAAAUUGGUGCUGGGACGUGUAAUCUCAAUUGCCCGACGACGCCCUCGUGGUGAAGAACUUGACAAUGCCAACCCUGUGCGCAAGGAUGACACGGGCUUGUGGCAGUGUCCAUUCUGUUUACAGGAUGACUUUCCAGAAUUGAGUGAGGUAUGGAGCCAUUUUGAUGGUGGUAACUGCCCAGGACAAGCAAUUGGAGUCAAGAUUCGACUUGAUAAUGGUUUGAUGGGGUUCAUCCCAACCAAAUCAAUAAGUGAUAAACAUGUGAAGAACCCAGAGGAUAGGGUGAAGGUGGGCAUGACUCUACAUUGCCGAGUGACCAAGAUUGAUGUUGAAAGGUUCACUGUGGAUCUGACCAGUAGGAGCUCAGACCUACAGGAUACUAAGGGAGAAUGGAUGCCACAGAAGGAUGUCUACUAUGAUCAUGAUGCAGCUGACGAUGCCAUCAAGAAAGAAGACAGUAAAAAGAAAGCCAAUCAAUCAACUUAUAUCAAGCGUGUUAUUGUGCAUCCAUCGUUUCACAAUAUCACAUUCAAGCAGGCAGAGAAGCUUCUGGUGGAUAUGGAUCAAGGAGAGGCUAUUAUUAGGCCUAGCAGCAAGGGUUCAGACCAUUUGACAGUGACUUGGAAGGUGGAUGAGGGAAUUUACCAACAUAUUGAUGUCAGGGAAGAAGGCAAAGAGAAUGCAUUUAGUCUUGGACAGUCACUCUGGAUAAAUGGAGAGGCCUUUGAAGACUUGGAUGAAAUUAUUGCUCGACACAUUCAACCAAUGGGAUCGUUCGCGCGCGAUGUUCUCAUGCACAAGUGCCACACUCUUGCAGAGGGCGGUAAACGUGAAGUUCUUUAUAAACUCCUAGAGAAAGAAAAGAUGAAAACACCAUCCAGAAUUCCCUACUUUCUGAGUUUUUCCAAGGAAUUUCCUGGUAAGAUUGCAUUAGCAUACCAACCUCGUCUGAAGCCUCGUAUGGAAUUUGUGACUCUCACUCCAGAUGGGUAUCGCUACCGGCAACAGAUACAGAGUUCACUUAAUGCCUUACUGCGAUGGUUUAAGGAACAUUUCAGGGACCCAAUACCUGGAAUGAACCCUACACCUCGUUCACACCACCGCACCCCUGCAGCUGAAGGCACUCCGGCAGCAUUCAACCUUGCUAAUGUUGAUACUGCUCUUCUACAAAAGGCAGUCAGCUCAUUCCCAAGUGGAAUGUUUGCAAUGGGGGCUACACCUGGAGCAACACCCAGGCAAACACCUAGACAAACGCCUAGACAAACACCCAGGCAAACACCACAAAUUAGAACAGGUGCUUCUUAUGGUGGAUUUGGUGGUGGUAUGUCACAGAUGCAUCCGUAUGGAACUCCACAGAUUAUGACCCCCUCCUACCAGAUGACACCCCGACAGGCAGCUGGAAUGACCCCAAGACAAACAGCAGGAAUGACACCAAGACAGACAGCAGGGAUGACCCCAAGACAAACAGCAGGGAUGACGCCAAGACAAACAGCAGGGAUGACGCCAAGACAGUCAGCUGGAAUGACUCCGCGCCAGACACCUCGUUAUCAACCCACGCCACGACAGAACUGGGGAAGCACAUCUAUGUCAGGUGCAACCCCAAAUCCAAAUGUCAACCAUGCUAUCAGACAAUCUGUCAGACAAACACCAAGGGCUUCCGCGACACCAGCUACAGACUGGGCUGAGGCAGCAGCCAGAUGGGCCAAGACCAGACAGAAUAAGGCAGCUCCAAGUCCUAGGACACAGCCUAGUCCUGCAUAUGUGCCUAGCCCAAUGUCUCUAUCAACACCAGCCCCUGGUGGUGACUCCACACCCCUAAUAGAUGAACAUUAACCUAUCACAUACACACCUUUCAGAUGGCGUUGUCCGAAUUUGGAAGAUUCUGAAUGAAUAAUAUGUGAUGUUGCAUCAUUUAUUAUAAUUCUCAUAUUUUGUCGUUGAGCGAAGCAUUAAACAAAAACUAUUUAAAACAGAAAUUUUAGUGCUGAACUCAUAUCUUCUUAUGGAAAUGUUUGACUUGUGGUAGCACAGUGCCGACAUGAUGUAGUUACAGUACCAGUGAUGUAUGCAAAAUUGAUGUUACACUGGUACAAGCACAUACAGUACUGUAUAUGGCAAUUGAUGGCUAAGUACCACUAUCAGCACUUUAAUAAUAUUAAUGGCACAGUAUCAGUACCAGCAUAUAUUUUAAUUGAGGGCACAAUACCUGUACCAGUAAUGUAUAAGUCAUUUUCAUGGCAUACCGGUACCAGCAUUCUAUAUUGGCUAUUGGUGGCACAGUACCAGUACCAACACUGUACAGUAUAUGGCAUAUGAUGUUACAACAUGGCAUUUGAUAGUAACAGUAGUAGUAGUAGUAGCUUGCAUAAGCUAUGCCUUUAUAAGCUAUGCCUUUAUAUAGAUGUUGGUGCCUUGGCUGCUAAUGAAUGUAAUAAUUUAAGCUCUGUUUUCAUAAUGUAGAUACAAAGCAUCUGCCAGUUUUUGUUGCAACUAAAUUUUGUUGUAUUAUAAACCUAUUAUCCACAUGGAUGAAUAUUAUUUUGUAUUUUAGGUGACAGUUAUUCUUGUUUUAUAUUUUUUAUUUGUUUGACAGUAAUUUUGAACUCUUAUUUAUCAAUUCCCUUUUAAAGAACACUUCCAUAUAAGGAAAUGUUUGUAAUAAAUUAAAAAAAAAUAAAUAUUCAUAAAAAAUAAUAUGAAUAUUUAUGAUUUGAUUUAUUUCACAAGAAUCAUAGUAAAUAAAUUAGAUGCGUUUGUAGUUUGUACGCUUAACAUUUUAGUGUUCUAAAGCCCUGUCCAAACUAUCAAAUUUUGCCUAUAUAUGGUCAUGAUGACAUCAUAUCAUGACUAUAUAUAGGCACAUCAUGACUAUAUAUGGGCAUACAACAGUUAUUUGUCAAAGAAAAUUUGAAAGUGUGGAUUAAGGUUUAUGCUAGGUAUUUUGCACUGUUUUUCUAGUCACAUCCAGGACGUGUACAGAAUUAUGUUUUGCUACAAGUAAAAAAGAUAACUGAUGUUGAUUUUUAGAGGUAAUUGUAUCAGAACCAAAUUAGAAUUUGAGAUGAUUAAAAAAACAUUGCUAGGAGAGAAUAAAUUUAUAGCAGUUUUUGUCUGAUCUAUCAGUGGCUAUGAGAAUACUAUGUAAAGCUGUGAAGAAAAUUAAAAGGUGAACAAACUAA